ACGCGCGUAGACGUAAGAACUUAGGUCAAACUAUACGUGUACAUGUACUUGUACAUUGUAUUUAUUUCCUCGAUCACGAUUAUCCUCGUGGGCGACCAUGAAGUGGUAUAUAUUGACUUGAAGAUUACGGUUUGGAGGCUCUGUACACUUUCUUGUUUGACUUGGCCGGCCUUCAUGUUGGACUAGUGUUGUAAUCCACCCUGUGUGGAUUGGGCUGCAGCAUAAACCGAAAAAGACAAAGGCGCCUCUGAACUCAAUCCGUUGCCACGGAGUCCAGGCAGGAUCCCGGCACUGGCGGCCGGGCGAGGGGAGCGGGAGAGGGCGAACGCACCGCCGCCGCAACCACUCGCCGGAGGUUGGUCCCGGGAAGCGGCCGCAUGACUUUCAGCUGGAGUUCCGUGGCGAUGUGCAUGAAGCGCUUUCGGUUGGCCCUGAUCAUCGGGGUGGUUUUUGCUGUUCUUUUCGGUUUGUUGUGUGGCACCCGAGGCGAAGAAGAUUCAAGAUGGGUGAAAGAUCUCGGGGAAGGUGUGCAGGUUCAACUGCAAAAGCUGAUCCAGCCGCUUCAGGAGAGAUUGACUGAAUUGGAAAAACAGACCAUGAAGAAGUACCCAGAAGUCCGCUAUCUACCAGAAAGUGAAAGAAAGAGGAUAUUGAUCACCGGCGGAGCUGGGUUCGUGGGCUCCCACCUCACCGACCGCCUGAUGAUGGAAGGUCACGAGGUCACCGUGGUGGAUAACUUCUUCACAGGCCGCAAACGCAAUAUCGAACAGUGGGUGGGACACCCCAAUUUUGAACUGAUCAAUCACGAUGUCGUGGAGCCACUUCUUAUAGAAGUGGAUCAGAUCUACCAUUUGGCCUGUCCGGCUUCCCCGCCCCACUACAUGUACAACCCCAUCAAGACCAUCAAGACCAGCUCCCUGGGGACGCUCAACAUGCUGGGCCUAGCCAAGAGGACCCGCGCCAGGAUCUUGCAGGCUUCCACCUCCGAAGUGUACGGGGAUCCCCAGGAGCACCCCCAGACUGAGGAGUACUGGGGCCACGUCAACCCCAUCGGGCCCCGGGCGUGCUAUGAUGAGGGCAAGAGGGUGGCCGAGACCAUGUGCUACGCCUAUGCCAAGCAGGAUAAAGUUGACGUGCGGGUGGCGAGAAUCUUCAACACCUUUGGCCCCCGCAUGCACAUGAACGACGGCCGGGUGGUCAGCAACUUCAUCUUGCAAGCUCUGCAGGACCAGCCCAUCACCGUUUACGGCCACGGCAAGCAGUCUCGCUCCUUCCAAUAUGUCAGUGACUUAGUGGACGGUCUGAUCAAGCUGAUGAACUCAAACGAGUCCUCUCCUGUCAAUUUGGGUAACCCAGACGAGCACACCAUCAUGGAAUUUGCCCAGAUUAUCAGAAGCAAAAUAGGUGGCAACAGCGUCAUACAGAAUGUGGCGGCUGCAGAGGACGACCCACAGCGCCGAAAACCAGACAUUUCCAAAGCAAAGAAGAUACUCGGCUGGGAGCCCGUGGUGCCCCUUGAUCGAGGCCUGCAGCUGACCAUAGACUAUUUCCGCAAUGAGCUGGAGCAUGCAGCCAAGAUGAAGGUGCCGGGGAAACCAGUGGAAUAAAUCCAAAGAUACGGCUCCAGGCCCACUGAAUAGGAACGAUUCAUAAUACCACCAAAACUUUCUUCAAAAGGCUUGAUUAGUACUGUGAAUUAUCCCUAUGCCCUGGAUGUGAUGUAUUCAUCAAUGCUUUGUUAUUCCAGCAUCCAUCUUGCACCAGCCAGUUUUUCAAAACCCUUUUUUUUACACACCCAGCGUUCGGGGCCUGCAGAGCACUCAAUUUUGCUUUAAAUGUAAAAUUCCUUUGAGCAGCAAAUAGGUUUAGCAGCAACAGAGUAGUAUCAAAUAUUACACAGUAUGCGCAGUACACAUAUUUGCCAAGUGCAGAAAAGAACUGCUCAAUAGAUAAAGGACCACUGGCCAAAGAACAGUGUAGACUUUGUUCAUUGCAAGUAAGGAGCCAAUUUCAUAGAGGUAAACAGCAGGAAAUCUUGCUCAGCAAAUAUGUGAUCCAACCUAACAGAACGAGUCACAAGUCACCAGAGCAACUCAUGAGUGGAAGGUCUUUGAGAGAAUCUUGCACCUUGUGAUUCAAUCCGCCCUGAGCUGAAGUGCACCCUCGCCGGCAAAAUAAAGAAAACCUGGUAUGAAGUUUUCCAACCGGGUUCUUGCAAGCAUUCGGAAACCAUAAAUUUGUGGUAUGUUCCUCGGUGUGGCCCAUGCCAAACGUGCAUGAACGUGCACGCCUACGUGGUGAGUUCGUACCAACGAGCGGUCAAUUUCAUUUAAAAAUCCACCCUCUUUUGUUCCCACUUGGAGCAGAUAUCAACGCUGAACAUUUUCCCCCAUGUAUUUCCCAUUAUCAUCAAGAUGUCAAACUGGGUGGUACAUAAAACAGAGAACUCAUAUUGCUCUUUCAAAUGCAAAGUGUUGCCUUAAGACCCGUUUUGUGGGAUCUGGUCACAUUUAUUUGCCAGGAAGAAAUUAGCAGUCACGAGCCCUAUACUCACCUGUACACUUUGGCUGGUAAUCUGUUUUUGGUAAGCAGAUAUUUUCUUUGCUUAGCAAAUUUCUGUAUUUUGAAGCUCUUACAUUGGCCCCUGGUUCUGAAUAGAUUGUAGACAUGAACAGAAUGUCGAGAGCCAGAGAAGUUUUGUUUAGCCAGAUGUUUGUGUCGUAAUUGAAACUACCUCAGUGAUUACUGUCACAAUAUACAUGUACUAGCAGGGGCGUAGUGACGGGGGGCAUGAGGGGGUGUGGCACCCCCCUAAUAAAUUAAUUCCAGUCAGCAAAUGGAGCUUCGCUCGGCAAGUGAAUCCGAAAGAAGUAUGUAGACGAUAUAUAUUGACCAUCGGCAUUGCCCCUGAAGCACGAAAUUUAACUUACCAUGGAUCACUCUGUGAAUUGUACACGACAUAAGGUUGUCAAACAAAUUACCAGUCAGCAGAUUGACUCUGGCACCCUCCCCCCCAAGAAAAUGCCUUCACUAUGGCACUGUGUAGUAGGUACCAAAGUCAUGAAUUCGGGGCAAAAGACGCAUUGUCGUGUCAGUACAAUAAGGUUUUUAAUGAAAAAUUGUACUAACAGGCCGUCACUGAAAAAACAUUACUUUCAAACAUGAAACCGGUAGAAAGCAAUCCAUGAAAUUUUAGUAUACUGGCUCCCAAAGUCUCCUGAAGACGGACAGAGUACACUGUUCAAAAUGUCAAGUUAUUCCCCAGUUCUUCUCAGAACCACACAUACCCAAGAAAGAGAUUGAUCCAUGGUGUAACCGCAAUCGUUUUACUCAAAUAGUUCUUUCACUAUGAAAACCUUCACGUCUUAUCUGGCUUCCAAAAGUAAUUAAGCAAAUACCAUAGUCGAGAACAUGCUCUGUUUCAAUUGAAAAAAGAUUUCUUUCAUUCUCUAAAGAAGGCCCUGAGAGUAUUUGCUGAAACCCGUGCAACUGCCUUAGGGACCUUUCAUUACUGGACCGACAGAGUGUACUUUCAUAUUCGGACUGUGGGGAUUUUCUUCACUUCCCUUGGAAGAAAUAAGAAUUGUCCAGAGCCUCAAAAAAAAUGAAAAUGUUUUGGUGAUAAUAGGGGUUUUCUCUUGUUUACAUCACGUCCAUGAGUGGCUGCUGAAACUAUGGCUGGCUGUCAUUACAAAAGUAAAAGAGUAAUUUGUACAGUGUUAAAAAUCCCUUGCAGCCAUCAGAACACUAGAUAAUAAUACACGUACUACUAAAUGCUGAAUGAAAAUACCACCCUAUUUAGAGUUAAUGGGAUGUCAAAUCAGAAACCAACCAAAGGAUGAUUUUUCUGUGAACUUUGGCCACCCAUACAAGUUGUAGGCAAACUGAGAGUGGUCUAUACAAGAAACAUGGUGUGGGACAAACCACCAAGGUAGUAAUGAGACCUUGUUUUUAAUGUACUCACUUUUAGUAUUAAAGAUGGAGUGGUUGCCACCAGCAGUUUUGUAAAGAAUCUUUUGCCAUUACCAGUUGGUGUAUUUGUGCUUCAUUACGUCCAGUUUGAGUUGAUAUACUAUGACAAGUGAUUUGCAAUAAUUGGUCAUUUUAUUAAUGUAUUCCUAAUAUAUCUAACUCAUGAGGCAUGUCUUCUUGUGCAAAAGUCCACAUUUCUGCUCUCAGUAAAUAAGAGCACACUGUCUGAUAAGUUUAUCCGUUUAUGAAAAGGGAAUCGUGAAAAAUAUAACGCUGGCGUGUAAUAGAAAUAUUUAGUACUUUGUAAAUGUACUACAAAUUAAUAUUUUUUGAAUUUUGGUGCUUGAUGAUCCGCUUUUCAAAGGCCUCUGAAAAUUUCUUUUCCUUUUUCUUGUCGGGAUUCUUGUGUGAGAGAGGUCCACGUUUGACAACAGAUUUAGUUACAUUUGUUAACUUCUGGACAAGUGAUUGCUUUUCUGUGCAUGAUUUGAAUCUUUGCACUUGCAUUUAUUUCAUAUCAGAUUGGUUUCAUCAGACAACCAUAUGAAGUGGAACAUAGCAAGGUCCUUGGGAUUUCACAAAUUAUCUUAUAAUCAGUAACAGAAAAACAAAGAAUUGGGACCGAAAACUUUCCUUGUUAGAGACACGACUUCAUUUCAGUGCUUUUCUUAUCCGUGUUUGCCGGACUGCAGAUUUAUGGUUUGUAAAACCGUAUAGAUUUUUCAGACUCAUAAAUUUCUUUUUCAUGUAAUUACCUCUGCUAUUCUUGUUUUCUUCUUUAUUUUUUUUUAAUUUUUAGCAAAAGAAUCUCCUGAGGUUUGGCCAAAAUUGCUUUUUCCAUGAAGCAAUCACAAAGCAUUUGUACAAAUUGGAUAUUCACAUUUUUUUUCUGUAUAUAUCUGCACCGAUAACUGUAAAAAUUCUGUUUUCACCCUGUUUAUUAUUUCAUGGCAAAUCACAUUUUUGGGUCUGGGUUUUUGAUCGGCUAAAUUUCAUUUUCCUGUCUUUGUUAAAAGCAAUAUUUUAUUUGCAUUCUUUGCAUAAUGAUGCUGUUUUUAAUUGCUUAAGUUGAUAGUUAAUCCAAAGUAAGUCUAACGUUGAUUUUUGUAAGAAUGAACCACAACUUUGACAUCUUAAAGCAGCAAAUUUGAUUAAAAUUGUUUGCAGAACUAAGUGACCUUAAUUGCAGGAAAAAAAAUGUUUCUUUUUUCACUGGUAAUUUUAUAAAACUUUUUUUACCUUAUCAGUGUAGUAGGAUUAUUUUACAAUCAGAUGGCACUAAAUUAGUAGGUGAACUGAAUGGUAAUGUCAAAAAAGAUAUUUCGCAAAUACAUGAAAAGUAAUUAAUAUUCUACGAUGAAAAAUAAAAUAGUCUCCAAUGAAAAA